AUGGCGCUGACGGAGACCAUGGGACACGUGGGACUUCGUGACAUUUACUCGAGAAUACCGGGACGACGUCCUGAGCCGGGAGAGGAUUUCGAGGAUUUGCUCUUGCCCAGCCGCGUCGAGAGUUCACCCGAGCGGAGAGUACCUGGCAUCGCCAGCCCGGUCUACUCGCGCGGCUCCGAAACCGAGACGGGCGACGGCCUGCGGAGGGCCUCCUCCGAGACUUUCAUCUCCUCGCUCAGCUCGCCUGGCUCACCGAAUAGGUGCAAGCAGGGGGGCUUUGCAAAGUUGCACCUGUGCCACCCAGACCGCUUCGGCCGCAAUGCUGAGAAGGAGGUGCCGGACUCCCCCUCUGCACAGGCCCUCGCGGCGAUGGUGGAGCGCCUCCACGACGAGGAGCUCAGGAAGCGAGAGGAGCGCAAAGCUGCGCGGACCUUUGAAAGAGAGCAGGAGUUCUGUCGGCAAGCACCAUUUGCUCCGACCUUGUCCAGAGCCAGUCGAUGCGCCUCGGAACCAAGAGAGCGGCAUCUGGCCCUCUACGACCAGCGCUUGGAGAUGGCCCAGCGGCGGCGUCAGCGGCAGGAGCAGAAGCUCCGCGAGGAGCGAGACUACCGCGAGGCAAACAGUGUGCAUCGGGCCAGAUCUCCUCAGGUCAACCCGACGGUUUACCAGCGAUUGCAUGAGGAUGCAGAGUUGAAGAGAAGGCAACGGCGGAAUGAUAUGGAGGACAAGGAUCCUCCUGCACGGGGCGUUACGAGUGACAGGCAGCUGAAACUGUAUGAGCAAGCCGUGGAGGCAGCCGAGAAGAGGCGUGCCAUGCAGCAAGAGAAGCUGGAGCAGGAGCAGAGGUACCUGGAAUCGCAUAGCGUCCAUCGUGCCAGAUCUCCUCAGGCAGACAUUGGGGUCAUCUCUCAGCGCCUGUACGAGGACGCAAAGCUGAAGAAGCUGCGACGACGGGAGCUUCAGCGAGAGCAGGAACUCAAGGACGUGUCAGAUCUGGCCGGCACUCGCAAGAAGCCUUCGCGAAAGGACGAGGCAGCGCUUGUGGAGCGGCUCUUCCGCCCGGAGCGGCGCCAGCGCCAGGCGCACCUGCGCGAGGACGAGGAAGAGUGGCUGCAGCAACGCAGGAGGUUCUCCCUGCCACAGCGGGCAGUGUCCUUUCAAGGACGCUUUCACUCGCCUCCCAGCACGCCUUCAGAGACACCGAAGGCUAGCUCGGAGGUCGCACCGCCGGCAAGUCCUAGUUCGUCGCCCACCACGCAAUCUGUGGGGCCCCUUUGGGGAGCUUUGCGGGAUCCUCCAGGAGGUUUGGAGGACGUGCCCGGAGAGAAGUUGCCCGAGGGCUUUGGCAUCAUCCUCGAGGGCCAGGUUAACGAGGCAGCUGCCGUGGCUGCAGAACAUCCCUCCGCAAACGUGGAGAAGGAAUCCAGCCAUUCCAGCCGGCCUGCUUCGGCGUCAAGUGCCGUCGCUCUUGAGCCUCAGGAGCUUCCCCAAACGGGGCCUCCGGAUCCGGCCUCCGCCUCCGAGAAGCGACGCUUGUCACUUGAGCUGGAGGCUGCCAUGGCUGACGUCGACGAGCUGGCACGUCCUAAGGACAGCCAGAAGAUCGUCCAAAGAAAUGCAGCCAUGUCAGCGUAUGAGCAGGAGAGCUUGACAGAUGACCCUCCUUGUGCAAGCGUCACGUUGAACUCCGUGAAGCUUCCCCAGGAAGCCAUGCCUGUGACGAAGACAAGUUCCCAAGGCAGAAACCUUCAUGACAACGAGUUCGUGGGUGGAUUCGGACAUCCGUCUUUGUGGGGGUCGCCGCCGGGCAUGUCUUGCAACGGCUUCGGCCUCGGCGGUUUGGGCGAUCUGCUGGCUUCCUUGCCUAGAUCAGCUCUCCGUGUAUCUGGAGGUGGCCCGCGAGAGGGGCGGAAGCCCUGGUCCUUCAAGAGAAGCGGCAGUGAACGCAUGGAGGCAGGAGGUGUCAGCCACAAGCCCAAGCAGCCCAAGCAGCCCAAGCAGCCCAGCGAGUGCAGCGAGCCCAGCGAGCCCAAGUACCACAGAGCAGGGACGAGGGGCAUUCAGACGGCGGCUGCCUUGGCAGCGCAAAGCGGAUCAAAGCGACAAGGAUCCAGCCGAUGCGGAAGGAAAGUCAGCCACAGCAGGGGCAAGCUCUCCAUUGAAGCAGGCACUCAGCUCGUGGACCUAGCCGAUGCAGAAGCAUCACCUACGGCAGCUAGGGAAGCUUCUGCAUUCAAGGAGCCAGCCGAUGCGACUGCGACUGCCACGGCAACCUCUUCCUUGAAGCAGGCACUGGGAGGGGCAUGA